CACUCGGCAAUGGGUGGGUGGGGCUGAUCACGUGCCCUGGAAGUGACGUCUAACACCGGGACAGGCGGAGGACUUGAAUCGCUCGAUCUUGAAUGAAGACCUGAUUGAUCACCUUAAAGAAAAUGGCGUCACCCCAGGAGCGAAAGUCCCCAGGGGUUCAAGGCAAGUCCCCUGCCAUCACUACCACGAAAAAGCCUGGGAAGAAAAGCACCUCCCCUCAAUGUCCUCCAACGCUGCAGGAAGUGAAGAAGAGAGGCCAACGUAUGCGAAAGACACCGGAAAGGGACUUUUGUGACCAACUAGAUGGGCUGCACCUGGACAGAGAUUCACCUGCAGUAGGGACUGGCCUUGUAUACGAUGACCGAAUGACUCUGCCAUACUGUCUUUGGGAUGACAAAUUCCCAGAGUGUCCGGCACGAAUCUUGGCAAUUAAAGAGAAGCUGGAGCAGUAUGGUCUGGUGGAUCGCUGUGUUAAAGUACCUGCUAGAGAAGCAUCGGAUGCAGAUCUCCUGCUUGUUCACAGUUCAGACUUUGUAGAGUUAAUGAAGUCCACUCAGGAAAUGACCGAGGAAAAACUCAAAGAGCUUUCAGAUCGCUAUGACUCUGUUUUCCUGCACCCUGCUUCAUUCGCUACCUCCUGUCUGGCUGUCGGCUCUGUCUUGCAUUUAGUCGAUAAAGUUGUGAAGGGGAAAAUGCGCAAUGGGUUAGCAGUGGUCAGGCCUCCAGGACACCACGCCCACACUGGCAAAAUGAACGGAUACUGCAUGUUUAAUCACCUGGCCAUUGCGGCCAAAUAUGCUCAGCACAAUCUCGGGGUAAAGCGGGUGCUGAUUGUAGACUGGGACGUCCAUCAUGGUCAAGGAACACAGUUCAUAUUUGAACACGAUCCCAGUGUGUUGUAUUUUUCCAUUCACCGAUAUGAGAACAGAGAAUUUUGGCCCCAUCUUUCUGAGUCUUCCAGCAGCGCGGUGGGGAAGGAGCGAGGGGAACGCUAUAAUAUUAAUGUGCCCUGGAAUAAGAUUGCAAUGAAGGAUGCAGAUUAUAUCACAGCAUUUCUCCAUCUCCUCCUCCCUGUUGCCUAUGAGUUUCAGCCACACCUUGUACUGGUUGCAGCUGGAUAUGACUCUGUGGUGGGAGAUCCAAAGGGAGAGAUGGCUGCCACCCCAGCAUGCUUUGCUCAUCUAACACACCUGCUCAUGUCUUUGGCUGAAGGAAGACUCAUUUUGUCUCUUGAGGGAGGGUAUAAUUUGCGUUCAAUUUCAGAAGGGGUCUGUGCUUCCCUGAAGAUUCUCCUCGGAGACCCUUGUCCAAGUUUGCCUCAGGCCUUUGCCCCCUGUGAGAGUGCCCUGGCAUCGAUCUCUGAUACCUUCUGUGUUCUCAGGAAGUAUUGGCGGAGCCUGCAGGAACAAGAUUUCACCUUAACUCAGACAGUUAAAGCACAAGAAAUCAGUCAGACUGCAUUAGAAGAUACGUCAGGAGAUACUCUGACAAUAGUAUUGGAUGCAUCCAUGAAAGAGGUGAUGAGGGAGUUGCCACAGCAGCGCACCGGCCUGGUGUAUGAUGAGCGCAUGAUGGAACAUUACAACAUGUGGGACAGUGGCCACCCUGAGACUCCACAAAGAAUUGCCCGAAUAUACCUGCGUCAUAAGGAGAUGGGGCUGUUAGAUCGUUGCAUUCGUCUCUGCCAACGCGUAGCAACAAAAGAGCAGCUACAAAUGUGCCACAGUCUUCCCUACAUUGAAAAGAUAGAAAAGUGUUCCCGAAUGAAACCCAGGGACCUGCAUAGAAUGGGGGAUGAGUAUAACUCCAUUUUCAUCAACAACAAGUCUUACAGCAGUGCCUGUCUGGCUGCCGGCUCGACAUUCAGUGUGGUGGAAGCUGUUCUUACAGGGAAGGUUCAAAAUGGAGUCUGUAUCGUUCGCCCACCAGGUCACCAUGCAGAGCCAGGCGCAGCCUGUGGUUUCUGCUUCUUCAACAAUGUUGCCCUUGCUGCACGGUAUGCCCAGAGCCUGAAGAACCCAUCAGAACCACGAUUAAGGGUAAUGAUUCUGGACUGGGACAUUCACCAUGGCAACGGAACACAACACAUUUUCCAGGAAGAUGAUAGUGUACUGUAUGUGUCCAUCCAUCGAUAUGACGAUGGCCAGUUCUUCCCAUCUUCUGAGGAUGCUGCACAUGACCGGGUUGGUGUCGGCCGUGGAGAGGGGUUCAAUGUGAAUAUCGCCUGGAAUGGUGGCAAGAUGGGUGAUGCAGAGUACUUACUGGCCUUUCAUAGGAUUGUCAUGCCCAUUGCUUAUGAGUUUAAUCCGCAGCUGGUUUUAAUAUCUGCCGGUUUUGAUGCUGCGCGUGGAGACCCACUUGGAGGCUGCCGUGUCUCUCCAGAAGGCUAUGCCCACAUGACACACCUCCUGAUGGGUCUGGCAGGUGGCAAGGUGGUGAUCGUUCUGGAGGGUGGUUAUAAUCUGACCUCCAUCUCAGAAUCCAUGUCUAUGUGUACUCGCACACUUCUCGGAGAUCCCCCUCCUCACUUGACUGACUUGCAUCCUCCCCGUCCAUCAGCACUGCGUGCAAUCUCCAACGUCCUCAGUGUCCAACACAAAUACUGGCGCAGCCUUAGAUUACAAGUUGAGCCCCCUCCACCCUCUGAGGUAUCAAAGGAGGUGCGUUGGACACCGCAGAAGCAGCAGCCGAACAAAGUCGUGCCUAUGGUUGAGUCUUCAUCCUCCCCGCAACUGACGACCAUUUCCCCUGAAAAGAAUAUUGUAGAAACACAGUGUACCCAAGAAUUUGAUUUGACUGGCUCCAAAGCUGAUGAUGAUAGUCUGAACUCCAUGUCUGAAAUUGUGGAGGUGAAAUGUCUGCUCUCUGUAGCCUUCGGGAAUGAGUCCAAUGACCGUGUUUCCAGCACAGACAGUCAUUCUGUAACAUAUACUACAGAAGAAAGUAUGGAGACGCCAUUGUCAGAGAACGUUCAGAUCUUGGAUAGUGUUGGGGAACCUUCACCUCACAAAAGUACUGAAAUGGCUAAACACGAACUGAAAGAGAGCUCAAUAAAUAAGGAUGAAGUCUCCAAUUGUCUUUUACCCAACUUAGUUGACGUUGAGAAGAAAGAAGAGUUGGUGGUUGAGGUGGAGGUUCCUGGCCAAGAUUCAGUGCACAUAGGUUCUAAUGAAGGCGAGUCGCUGGGAACAGUCAUUGAAGUCCAGGGUUUAGAAAGAACGCCAGAUAUUUUGAUGUCUGAUGACCGGACAGAGAGCUCUGUGGAGGAACUCCUUAGAGACUUGAAGCUGGACGAUAGUAAAAACACAUCAACCCCCAGCAUUAGUGAUGGAGACAGUGAACCUGCUGGUGGGUCUGGAAAGAAGAUAUUUCCUCUAGUGCAGCAAGUGGCUGAUCGUUCAGAGGAAACUUCUUCUCAAGAUACUCACCUGGAAGAGAAUCGACUCUCUGAAGCUGCUGGUGGUUGCUCAGCCUCAUGUCACCAGCUAGAUGUGGAGCCUUCACUGAAAAACUCUGGAGAGAUAUUUACAGUGACGCCACUGUCCUGGUGUCCUCAUCUGGAGUCAGUGUGUGAGCUGCCCCCUUGUGGGCUGGAGGUGACACAGCCGUGUGCUGCUUGUGGUACAGACAAAGAGAACUGGGUGUGCCUGACAUGUUAUGUGGUUCUGUGUGGGAGGUAUGUCUCUCAGCACAUGAUAUCUCAUGGAGUUUCGUCUGGUCACAAUCUUGUACUCAGCUUCUCUGAUUUGUCUGUCUGGUGUUAUGGCUGUGACUCCUAUAUCCAUAAUGAGGUCUUGAAUCCAGCAAAACAGUCAGCCUACUACAGUCGUGGGCAAAAUUCAGUGCACAUAGGUUCCAAUAAAGGCGAGUCGCUGGGAACAGUCAUUGAAGUCCAGGUUUUAGAAAGAACGCCAGAUAUUUUGAUGUCUGAUGACCGGAGAGAAAGCUCUGUGGAGGAACUCCUUAGAGACUUGAAGCUGGACGAUAGUAAAAACACAUCAACCCCCAGCAUUAGUGAUGGAGACAGUGAACCUGCUGGUGGGGCUAGGAAGAAGAUAUUUCCUCUAGUGCAGCAAGUGGCUGAUCGUUCCGAGGAAACUUCUUCUCAAGAUACUCACCUGGAAGACAAUCUACUCUCCGAAGCUGCUGGUGGUUGCUCAGCCUCAUGUCACCAGCUUGACGUGAAUUCUUCACUGGAAUACUCUGGGGAGAUGUUUACAGUGAUGCCACUGUCCUGGUGUCCUCAUCUGGAGUCAGUGUGUGAGCUGCCCCCUUGUGGGCUGGAGGUGACACAGCCAUGUGCUGCUUGUGGUACAGACAUGGAGAACUGGGUGUGCCUGACAUGUUAUGUGGUUCUGUGUGGGAGGUAUGUCUCUCAGCACAUGAUAUCUCAUGGAGUUUCGUCUGGUCACAAUCUUGUACUCAGCUUCUCUGAUUUGUCUGUCUGGUGUUAUGGCUGUGAAUCCUAUAUCCAUAAUGAGAUCUUGAUUCCAGCAAAACAGUCAGCCUACUACUCCAAAUUUGGCGAGGAAAUGCCUGGAGCAUAAAUGCUCAACACCCUCAGAUUCAGCAUUUUCGUCACACGCUCACUUUAUCAUGGAUCUAUAAUGGACAGCUUGUUGAAGACACACAGACUGAGCAAUGCUGUGUGCCAAACUUUGGUUAUCUGGCUUUAAUAGAGCAGUGAAGCUAAAUUGCUUUUAAAGUCAAGCCAAUAAUAUUUAUGUGCUACAGUGUAUAUAAUGACAAAGCUUUUUUAAUUUUUGGAUGGAAUAGGAAAGGGUUAGAACCCCUGUUAAGUUUUUAUUGCUGUUUGUGUCCCACUGGGCAGAUUCACCCUCUCUGGAAAUGCAAACUUUUAAAGAUGGUACCAGAAUGGGAAUUGACAGGAAAUCUUUUAAUGUGUGUAUUCUUUCAGAUAACUGUUUCAAAGCCUAUUCACACCAGAAAAACCUCCUCCAGAUCCUUUCUGCACGUGCGAUAAGCGCAUUUUUUAUGCAUUUUUGGUUGAAUUUUUUACCUUUUUUUCUUUUUCUUUUUUUUCCUUUUUUGUUUUGUCUUUCAUUGUACUGGAAACCGGUGCGUUUUUGAUGCUUUUUACCGCAUUCCAGUACAUUUCCAUGCAGGAAAAAAGCAACAUACUUUUUUUCUGGAACUGAAAAGCACUGGAAUGCACUGCAUUGGUGUGAACUUUGCCAUUGGAAUCAAUAUAUCCUACUUGCAAUACCUUUUUGAUGUUUUAAGGGCCAGCUUUUUUGAUGCUCUAAGGGCCAGUUUGCACCACAUGCAGUGCAGUGCUUUUUUCUGCAUCAAAAAGGCAUGGAAGUAGGUUAUGUGGGUUCCAAUGUCAAAGUUCAUACCAGUGCAGUGCAUUUCAGUGCUUUUCAGUUCCAGUAAAAAGGUGUAACAUGUGGCUUUUUUCCUGUGGAGAAAUGUACUGGAAUGUGGUAAAACGCAUAAAAAAGGCAAAAAACUGCACAUGUAGAAAGGCAUCCAGAACAGAUCUGAAUGACAUUUUUGUGGCGUGAAGGGGCAAUUUCUUCACUUUGGAAAGCUUCCCUCUGACUACAUAAUGUGUUUCCAGUAAGAGAAUUUUCCCUAAAGGGACACAUACAGAUAAAAAGAAUCUAGGGUUUUAACCAUUCCCUUCUCUACCCAAAACUAAAAAAAAAUGCUUUGGCCUUUGAUACUCUUUGAAGUUAUUUUUCUCUUUUUAUAAGAACUGAAAGUAAUAAUAGUUCUAAUUCAGGGGGAGACAAUAUCCUGUGGAAACAGAAUUUAUUUCUGGUAUCCAUUGAAAGAUAUUGUAGUGAGCCUCCUUUUGCCUAAAACGGCUGAUCACAUAUUAUCUCCUUUAUUGCUAAUAUAUAAACAGGCACAUUUGGCAAGUGUUUUUUUUAUUUUUAUUUUUAAAAGCCAUGCAACCUCUUACAUAUUUAUAAAUUGUGUUAAUAGCUUCUGUAUGUAAAACGUGGCACAUAACAAUGGAUUUCUUGCCCUUUUUUGGAUUUCUUUGCCUUUUUGUCACUAUUUAAAAAAAAAUAUAUAUUUAUUCACAGAGUUCUCUGAAUGGAAAACUACAAGUACCAACAGCCUUUGCAACUGUCGGCUUGUAGUUCUCAAUGAACUACCAGGGGGCUGUUGACUGCUCUAGGUAGUUCAUGGUCUCUUCUUGUCAGUGUGUAUCUGCCUACUCCUACGAGGUACGAGCAGGCAGAUACACUGACAAAUCUGCAGGAGACUUGCAUGGCAUCCAUAAUCUGCUGAUCGUGGGUACAAUGCUUUUCAGGCUCCUAGUAAAAAAAAAAAUGCACUUUUUUUUUUACCUGCAAAAAUAUGUUUAUUUUUAAAGGUGAACUUAUCCUUUAAGCUGCUUGAUGAAUAUCUUUUUAUGAAGGGAUAGGUAAUUUUAAAAAGGCAGCUGCACCUAUGCCUGUAUUUUGAUACUACAGUAAGGUAGUAAAUAUCAAAGUAUUAACCUUAUGCUUGUGCCAUCUGUAGAAGUGUCCAUUGUACCCAAAAUGUAAAUGUUCUUAUUUUUACUGGUA